AAUCAUAGUGUUUACAAUUUUACAUGAUUUCUUUAUUGUUUCUUAAUAAAGUAAAAUUCUGUGAAUACUUAAAAUAAUGCUAGUUCAUUAAUUUUCAUGAAACGUUUUCCUGGUUUUAAGUAUACUCUAGAAAAUUGUUAAAAAACGAGGUUACCUUUAAAAGUUUGACAUGAUACAAUCGGUUAAAUAUACUUCUUCUGGUGUGCUAAACUUCACGUUUCGAAACUCUGUAAGACUACGACACAAAUUAAUCAAAGCUAAAGAGGAAAAACCGCCUCCGAAAGUUGCCCAAGAUGUAAUGAACUACAUUGAAAAUACACCUGAAUAUGCUGGUAUUAAAAAUCAGAUACCGAAGUAUCUUUUGAGGAAAUACAAAGCCCCUGAGAGUAUGUACCUUAUAAAUGAAGGUACUGCCAAAGAAAUCGUCAAGGCUGUAAAGAAAAAUCUAAUAAUACACUCUCCUAUAGUUGAGGUCAACCCAGGACUGGGAAUUUUGAGUAAGCAAUUAUUACAGUGCCAAAAGAGUAAUCUAUACAUGUAUGAAACGUCUAGUCAUUUUUCACAAUACCUAAAUGAAUUACAAGCAAGUUUUCCUGGAAGGGUAAAGUUUAAAAUAGCAGAUUUUUUUGGUAUGUGGAAGCUCGCCUUCCAAGAUAAGAUGGAUCAAGGGAAUAGAAUACAAGAGUUAUUGGGUGACCUGGCAACGGAUGAUCCUAAUAGAGUGGUGACAAUAGUAGGAUCAAUGCCUGGCCUGUCUUUUGUCAAGCAUCUAAUAAACACCAUAGUCUUUCAAAACACCACUAGCCAUCUCGGCAGACCAGACCUGUUUAUUACUAUGCCUGGACAUCACUAUGAAUUCUUAACGGACAAUGAGAUUCAGAAUAGAAAGCAUAUGGCAGUACCAACUCUGUUUCAGCUGCUAUUUGAUUUCAAAAUACUCGCAAAUGUACCCAAAGUGCAUUUCUUGCCCUGGACACAUCCUACGACCAACAAGAGAGUUACAUUGAUGGAUGAGCAUUGCUUGUACUUGGUGAAUAUCUCGCAAAAACGAGAAUUGCCCGUUCCACCUGAUUAUUUACCCCUGCUGUGGUAUUUCUUCAAGCCUCACAUGUUUUCCAAGUCCACAAGGGUCAUUCCAAUGUUAGAACAAUGGAUACCCGGUUGCGGUGUGUGGCUGAUCACGGGGCAGGACCCGCCGGACACGGACCGGCGGCUGGCGCCGGGCGCCGGCGACGCGCCGCUGCCGCACAUGACCAUAUUCACGGAGUUCGGUGACCUCAAUCUGAAGCAGAAGAUCACUGUCUUUAAAAAGUUAAUAUCAUGGCCAGAAUUCGAGCAAUGUCCAUUCCGGGUAUCAAUGGAGAAUAAUUUACCAAAGUUCGUGACCGCAGUUGAAGACGACGAGAAAACCAGUAUAGGCACGCAUAUGGACGAUAUCGAACAUUCAGAUACAGAAAACGAAACGUGAUUGAAGCCAGGACUAGAACUACAGCCUGGUAAUAAAAAAAGAUUAGAAAUUAAAAAGUGGCAACAUCGUAGUGUUGUCCCUUUCAAAUCAACAUUAUGUAAGACAACGGGACGACACUACGAUGUUGCAACUCUUUAAUUUCUACUCUUUUUUGCAAGCUGUAAACUGCUGUUAUGCUGCUAAAUAGCUGGCGUGGGCGCACGGGUGCGGUAUAUCAAAAAUGUGACCAGUAAAUAAAGUUAUGAAAGAAAAAUUUUGCGACCGGUCUAAUAGUGAUAGGCGGUUUCAUGCAUCAGAUCCUUGACAGUAGCCAUCAGAUAUAUCGGAGCGACCAAAGAAAAGAAAAGUGGUGCUCAUCAAUUCUGAACACGCACAUUAAUGCGUAAAUAUUUGUGAGAACCUUGACCGCUUCAAUAUGUCUGAUGACGUGCAAACGUGCCAGCUAUCGUAUACCUAAGUAGUAAAGAUUGUAUUGUAUUUAUUUUACAUAUUUGUAAAAAUAAAACUCAUAGAAAAUGAUA